CAGUGUGUGGUAAGACAAGCUGGAGAGAGGGAGUGUGUUCAACGCCCUGACUGGACAGAGAUGAUAACAAAUAGAUCUGGUUGAUGGAAAAAAAGGGAACAAAUAAGGAGGGUUAUAUAUGCUAAAUACUUUGCAGACUGAAUUAAUUCAUUGCAUUCGACUCAUCAUUUGACCCCCUGCUGCUGCAAGAGAUUACGGUAACGGUGUAGCCAUGGAUAUUGGUGGUUUGGAGACUGUUGUGGCAAACUCUGCCUAUGUGUCAGCCCGUGGGAGCAUGGAUGGAUGUGCUGCAGCUGCAAUGCGUGACAAGAAGAUGCGUGCCAGGCUGAAACUCCCACACAUCAGAGACUGUGAACACAUGAAGACAACUGUAGACACAACCUUUGACUACAUGUGUGUCAAACAGCCCAUCGGAAAGCGCCUGUUCCAGCAGUUCUUGGAGAGUGAUGCAACCCAUAAAAAUGCUGGAGAGCUGUGGAAAGACAUAGAAGAAUACGUUACAUGUCAGGAGAACGACAGGUUGCAGAAGGCCCGGAGAAUUGUCAACAAUUAUUAUGAAUCAGCUUCAAAGAAUUUUUGUAGUUUCCUUGAAGAGAAAGCCAUUAUUCGAGUUAAAGAAGACCUAAAGAAUAUCCGUGUUGACUUGUUCAAAGAGAGUGAGCAGCAGCUGCUCCAGCACCUGGAGAAGAAAGCUCUAGAUGGUUUUAAGAACAGCAUGUACUUCCUGCGUUUUGUUCAGUUUAAAUGGUUGGAGAGCCAGCCUGUUGAUGAAGAGUGGUUUAUGGACUUCAGGGUCCUGGGAAAAGGAGGUUUUGGGGAAGUAUUUGCUUGUCAGGCAAAAGCAACAGGCAAAAUGUAUGCCAACAAGAAGCUGGAGAAGAAGAGGCUGAAAAAACGCAAAGGCUAUGAGGGAGCAAUUGUGGAGAAGCGUAUCCUUGCAAAGGUUCACAGCCGCUUCAUUGUGACGCUGGCUUAUGCCUUCCAGACCAAGACUGAUCUCUGCCUUGUGAUGACCAUCAUGAAUGGUGGAGAUCUCAGGUAUCAUAUGUAUAAUGUGGAUGAAAAAAACCCUGGGUUUGAUGAGAAACGAGCACGUUUCUAUACAGCACAGAUCAUCUGUGGCCUGGAGCACCUUCACCAGCACAGGAUCAUCUACAGAGAUCUGAAGCCAGAAAAUGUACUGUUGGAUGAUGCAGGACAUGUCCGCCUGUCGGACUUGGGUCUGGCUGUUGAACUUCCACCGGGUAAAGACAAAACUACAGGCUAUGCUGGGACUCCAGGUUUUAUGGCUCCGGAGCUGCUUCAGAAAAAAGAGUAUGACUACACAGUGGACUACUUCACUCUGGGUGUCACCUUGUAUGAAAUGAUUGCUGCCAAAGGGCCUUUUAGAGUACGAGGAGAGAAGGUGGAAAAUGAUGAGGUUGCUAAAAGAAUCCUGAACGAUCCAGUUUCCUACUCACCCAACUUCAGCAAAGAAUGCAAGGACCUUUGUGAGGGCCUAAUGGAGAAGGAUCCAGCUACACGACUGGGGUUCAAAAACAAUGAAUGCACAGAGCUCAAGAAUCAGCCCUUCUUUCAAGAGAUUAACUGGGGUCGUCUGGAAGCAGGUAUGCUUCCUCCACCAUUUGUCCCUGAUCCUAAAAUGGUCUACGCCAAAGAUAUUGAUGAUGUUGGCAUCUUCAGCACAAUCAAAGGUGUGGUCCUGGAUGACAAAGAUGCAGAGUUCUACAAUGAUUUUGCCUCUGGCAACAUUCCAAUCCCCUGGCAGAUGGAGAUGAUCGAGACAGGUGUGUUUGGAGAGAUGAACAUCUGGGGAGAGAACGGAAAGUUGCCCAGUGACCUUGAUCCAAACUAUGUGGAAGCCAAAGGAGGAGCAUGUGUGCUGCUGUGAGAUAAA